GCUAAUUUUUUUCCCUCUCUUUCUCUCGUCGCGCGGGCGGAUGAGAUGCUGGCUGCCGCCGUGAAUUCCACCUCCACCGCCACCUCCGGCUCGAUUCCUCCUCCUCCUCCCGCCGCCGCUACCGCCGCUCCUUCUAGGGCGAGGAAGCGUCCUCCCACUUCUAGGUCUCACUCCAUGGUCGCAGCAGCUCCGGAAGAACAGGGCAUCGACAAUGGCGGCGCUGCCGCCGAUGCUGGCGCUGCGAAUCCCGCGAGCAACACGGCCAAUGGCGGCUGCGAGACGUGCUGCAGCGUUGGGAAUGGGGAGGGCGAGGCGGUGUCGUCGCCGCUGCGCAAGACAUCGCUUCGGGUGCCCAAGACAGGUAACAAGGUAGCUAGAUCUUCACACAAGCAGGAUAGUUCUUCGCGGCCGGGGGCGGAGACUCACCACCAUCUCGCGGGGCCGCUCUUCUCCAAGCCGGUCUUCAUCGCUGUGAUGCUGGCAGUGAUGGCCACUACUGCCUGGAAGUGGAGCCGGGAUCCAGGGGUAGCGCCGGGGAUCUCGAUGGCCCAGAUGAAAGAGCUGGAGGAUUUCUCGAGGAAGACGACCAAGUGGAUGCAAGUCCAGCUCGAGCUCGUGGAUAUGAAGAUCGGGAAGGAGAUCGAGGGGCUGAGGAGAGAUGUGGGGGACAAGAUCGAGGAGCAGGCGUUGGCUCUAGAGACGAGCAUCUUGAACUUGAGAUCACAGGUGGAGGAUAUGGAUUCUUCCGUGCAAAGGCUCACGCAGGACGGGCUUCUCACGAAGAAGGAAGGGAUGGAACUCAUCGCGUCGAUCAUCCAGCAGCGAGCAGCGGAAGAGUCUGGAAAAUCUCUCACUCUGGACGACGUGAGAAUCGCUGCGAGACAGAUCGUGGAAGCGGAGCUGGAGAAGCACUCGGCGGAUGGAAUCGGUCGGGUGGACUAUGCUCUUGGCAGUGGAGGAGGGAAGAUCAUCGAGCACUCGGAGGGAUUUUUCACGGGUGGCCGGGCGGGGUGGCUGAGCAUUCUUGGAGCUGGGCUCUCGGCCGGAGGCGCGGUGAGGCAUCCCAUGGCUCACAAAGUCUUGGAGCCGAGCUAUGGCGAGCCGGGGCAGUGCCUUCCACUCAAAGGAAGCAAUGUUUUCGUGGAGAUUGCGCUGAGAACUCACAUACAUCCCGACGCCAUUACGAUCGAGCACGUCCCAAAGAGCGUGGCUUACGACGUGACGAGCGCUCCCAAAGAUUUCCGCGUCUUUGGCUGGCUGGAGCGAAGCAUCCAAGCCGGGACGAUCGCGCGGCCAGUGAAGAAGCUCUUGCUGGGAGAAUUCAGCUAUAGUUUGGAUGGAUCAAACAUCCAGACUUUUAGCUUCCCGGAAGAAGUGUCGAGGGAGCUGAUCAACACCGUGCGAAUCCACAUUACAUCCAACCACGGUAGCGCCUCUCACACUUGCCUUUACAGAGUUCGCGUCCACGGCUUUGAGCCAUCGCCACAGCAUUUUUAGAGCUCUUGUUCUUCCUGUAAAUUCUUUUAUAUACAUUGUGUUUGAACAAAUGUGUGUGGAGGAGCCCUAAA